AACGAAUCAUUGUGCAUUGUCUAAAAUCAAUGAGCAAAAAUGGGUUUCUGUUUAUCCUGACAUCUAUAAACCGCCCAAAAUGGCCGAUGCCCUCUUGUUCUGAUUUCUGAAGCUAUUUUGUCUUUUCACGGAUUCAAUCAAUGAAGCUUAUAUUAGAAAAUCUUACUGACGAGCUGAUAAUCGAUCUCGAAGAAAACGUGGUAGUUGUAAGACGCCAUCAUGGCUACACAGACAGACGAAGUUCAAUCGAUUUUCGAUAAGGUUGGAAGUUCAUCAAAAGUGGAAGAUACAGUUUCUUUUUCCUCUCGACGAGGUAGCCGGUCAGCUCGUGCGUUGAAAUUUUAUGUAGGAAAUUCACGUUCAAAAUGCACAAAAGAGAGGCUACAGAAAUUUAGAAAAGAAACCAGUUGCUAAUGACAAAGAAACUACUGUACUUGAUGGAAAAGUUGACAUCUUUCCAGAAAAUCAGCAAAAGGAUACUGACGUACAGGCUGAUAGUAAUAAAGGCAGGGGAGUUGAUGCUUUUAUUCCUGUAGAGAAUGAGGAAGCAAAACUGUCACCUAAAGCUAACCAGGCACCAUCAAGACGUCCAUUAAGAAAACAAUCUCUACCAGAAGUAGAUGAACGAUUGAAAGAGGAAAAACAUUCCACCCACCAAAAUUUAAACCAUGUAAAAGAAAAUAUUUCAACUAUUGAUGCAAAGGCUGCAGAAGCAGGAUUGUCUGAGCAAAUGAAUCAAGAACCAGAAAAGUUGUUAAAUGAUAUCUUAUCCCAUCCUAGUAAACAAAAGCGAAGAAUUGCUAAAUAUACCCCAACGAAAAACACCAAAAUAUCCGAAGUACGACCCAGGCGAUCCAAACAGCAGCCGCGAUUGGAUAACAACCCUGUUAAUCGUGUGGAAAACUCGCCAGAUGAUUCAAAGAAUUUUGUAGAUGUCAAAGAAAUUAUGAAAGACAUGUCAAAGUUGUUGCCUCAUAUCGUUCUGCAACGAGUUCCCUUCCCCCGUGUUGCUGCUCCAUCGCAACUCCAGCUUGCCGAACAACAGGAAUCUUCCGCAAAUCACGAUAAAGAAGAACAAUCUAGAUCCGAAACCGCAUCAUCAUCAUUAGAAGAAGGCGGUAGUCGUUCGGCCGAGUUAGGCUCUCUUCAUCCGAUCGAGGAGAACUGUUUGAUAUUAGACGUGUUCUUAUCUGGGGAUAAAAAAGAAGACGAUGCAAAAUUAAAGAGUACUGUAAUAGUUCAGUCCGCAACCGAUCCAGAAGUCGUACCUGAAGAGUCUAUAUCCAAAGAGAAAAGCUGCAUAUCUGAAAAUAUUGAAAAUUCUGUAGCUGCAGAUGGUCCCGCUGUUAUUUUAGAUGUCAACCUCGAUAUUUGCGUCGAAGGUGGAGGUCAUGUUGGGCUUAACGACGUCAAAAUUACCGGCCAAAAGAGAUCUGUAUCUAGCCAAGAAGUAAAAAAAUCGCCUGAAGUUAAACCAUUGAGAGGUCGUCUUGGUCGUACACCUAAAGCAAUGGCUGUUGAACCGGUAAAAACUCGUGGAAGAAUUGUAAAUUCAAGAAGGAAACUUGCUGAACCUUCGUUGGACCCGUUUCCAUCACGGAAUAGCACAGACGUAACCGAGAAACCUGAGGCUAUCCAAAGUCUUGGUGUCACAGCCAAAGAGAAAGUUGUACACGAAAAUGUCCAGGUCAUCUCCGAAAAAAAAGGAUCUCUUGCCGAAGAGCAAAAAUUUGCAAUUAAUUCUGUUGUUGGAUUGCCUGAUAAUAUGGAGAUAGUCAAAGAAAAUGAUGCUGAUGCUGUUAGUAGCAUUACCAGCCAAGAAGAAAUCAAAAUUGUAGAUCUGGAAGAAGCUGCUUCAAAUGAAGAAGUUAAUUUGCUUACAGGAGUGAAACCAUCUAAAAUUCUCCGUGGACGUAGAGGCCGGGAACCCACUACGGGAAAAAUUAAAGAUGCGUCCGGACAAUCUUCCGAUGCUGAAACGACCAAUUCCAGUGUGGUUGCCCAUCAAACAAGUAUGGAGAAAUCUCUAACGUCAACAGCAAACACUUCACUGUGCACCGAGAAGGCGACGUCAUCCUCUGAGAUUCGAAUGACUUUAAAUUCGUUCGUACAAAUGACACGUGUUCCCGAGGUUGAAGCUCUAGCUGCUGCAAUGAAGCUGAAUGGAAGCAAAACAAGCGUGAAACGUCCCAGGCGCUAUAUGACUGAUCCUUCGCCUGAAGUUGAAUUAUCGGCAGAAUCCGCUGCCAUUGGUCUCAAACGUGUUCGAAAGAAAAAGAAAUUUUUUUAAAAAGGUCAAUGUUUCAUUCCGUAACGUUUACGAGUCGAGUACUAGAUAACUGACGAGAUCGACGUCCACUUCCAGAAAGCCCAUUCCCGCGUCAGCAUUUCAAUUGACUCAAACUGAAUCAAUUGUGAUCGUCUUCUAUGGCCUUUUCCCAUCCAUCGGUCGCCAUCCCAAGGUCAGGACCUGCCCCCUUCCCACAACGAAAACUGAAACCCUCCCCCCUCCUAGAGGGAGCCACAAAUUUGCUCUCAUCAAGUCACCACAUUCAUUGUGACCGACAUCCAAGCUGGCUGUGGCAUGUCGUUUCUGCAUCGCUCUCUGCUUUAACUUACUGGUUUAAGAGUUUAUUGCAAAAGUUUUCAGCCGUAUUCGGCUACAACAGUUAAGUGUUGAAAUCCGGUGAUGUAUCAAGUGUUACUUGAGGUGCUGAACAAUCUAUUGACUAUCUUUUAUUCAUCCAGUUCAGCAAUCAGCACUUACUUAAUUUUUGAAAAGAGAGAAAGAACAGCAACGGCAAAACGAUCAGCUGAUUGUCAUUUGGCGGGAAUGCAGCAGCCCCACCUAAUCGCCCAUGGUGUUCCAGUUAAUUUGUGGAUGGCUGGGCUGCGUUUGAAUGGAAUUAAAGGCGACAGAAGUUCUCUGCUCCAUUCCAGUUGUUUUUGCCAGCCGCUUACCCGAGCUGGAAAGAGAAAACUGGUCAUGAAGAGGAGAGUCGUACAGAUGCUUGGACGGAUAACUGGGCCGGCGAGAACGCAAGUCUGCAGCGAACGAGUUCGACGUCCCUCUGUGCAAAUGUUGAUGGAAACCAGUUAGGCCCUAUGCUGUGUAGUCACACUGCAUGUUUGUGAACGAGUGAGCUGCAUCGCACUUGUCUUAAUUGGAACAGGUUAUGUAUUAAUUAAAGCGAUGUCGACCCGAUGUGCUGGUCUAGUUGUGCAGGUGUUGGCAAGCCAAGCCAACAGAAUUAGUCGACUCGUUAUGGCUCUACCAUAGUAAAUGGUAUUAUGUUGAUACUUCAUUUAAAAAAAAAAGAAAACUUACACGGAGAGGAUAAAAAUAAAGAAUAGUAAUUAUUUUGACAAAUAUUAUGGGAUUUAAAAUGAAUUAAACAAAUACGUUUAGCCAUUUAACCGUUCAAUGAGUAAACUUGAAAUGUGUUCCCUUGUUUUGGUUCAAAUUGUCAAAAUGGCAAUAGAAGAGAAAUGUGACGAGAAGAAAAACAAACAAUGGCAACGUCAUUGCACACCCCUCUUCCUUUCUUCAAGUUGAUCGCCAUUUAAGAUGUCGCUCUUUUGUGCGAACGUCCCAGAAACGAGGCUCUGUCUCUAGUCUUAAUUUAAAUUAUUUAAUUUGAUUGAGAGAAAUUUAAUUAAUUUCGUUUUAUUGCAAAAGUGGGAUCAUUAAUUAUUGGUUUCGUUGAACAAUUAUUUUAAUUUAAUAGUUAACAUGUCGGGAAGUGAACAGACUGCCAAUUACUUGAUGUAACACGCCAUCCAUUGUAGAAUGAAAUGGGAUAACCGUUCAUGUACAUGAAGAUACCGCAAUAAAGUCUGGAUGUGGAUCCGGCCGGAAAGUAGGCCAUUCCGGUGAAAGAGAAAAAAUAUUUGCCUGCAGAUGGCGCCGUGAAUUUGCCAGUCGUCUUAUUGUAACCGCCUCCCACGUUCAAUCUCUCGAAUCGGAAUGGAAUCGGAACGUACGUUUGGUUAAAGUGGCUGUCCAGUUGGACGUAGAAAUACGUUGGCGAUGACUUGACGUCUGCAAAUCCGAUCCACUUCUGAAAUCCUGUCAGGCAGUUAAUUGCUUCAAUCCUGCUUCAAAAGUAUUUGCGACCAACUUGAAAUUCUUCCGCUCGAUUGUUCUAUAGAGUCUGGCGAAUCGAAUGCACUGGCAACAAGAAGGUCGAUGGAACUCAACCGCCGAAUGACGUCCUGUCAAACGAAGAUUUCGUUGCGAGCAUCGCCACGCUCAUUCGGAUUUAUGGCAGGCGGGAAUUCAUGAGAUUUGACGCGCGUACAAAUUGAACCCGUAAAUCGAUUAGAAAGGGAAAACCGUUGCCCAAGAUAAUUCGUUUUCUUGGGACGUUUAGACGAAUAGGAAUGGAAUGGCGAGAAGAAACGAAAGCGAAAUCGCACAUCACGGUGGUGUGUAUUCAACGUGGACUUGCUUGACGUGUCGAACCUUUCCGAUGACGCCUCGAAUUCAGCCGCACAUCCGCAACAGCAAUUGAAUAUACGUUUAGGAACACUGGUCCGAUCGGGGGUUUUGCCCCGAACUGUGUUUGGCCAAAUGGCGAGCAGCAAGUAACACAAUCACCGCACUUUUUUCAAAUCAAAAUGUCGUGUCUCAUUACCAUAUUUCUCAAAUUAACGUGUGGUUAUGUUCCUCCACUUUAGUGUGAUUUUCUAGAAAAAAAAAUUCAGAAAAAUGGCAAUCGGAUGCGGGGCGGGUAAAUUUGCCUUCGAAUCACGUUUUUUUUAAAUGGGAGCUACGGCAGCUUUUAAAUUCAGAGCCAAUCGUUGAAUUGAGUUUCCAUUCGGAUUGUUGUUGGCCUUUCAACGGUCGAUGGCGUCGUUUGUUGGUGCGUUUGAAGGAAUUGACGUGGUGGCGGGAUGAUCUUGCGUUUCCUUUCGUUUGACUUCCGGGCAUGUUGCGUGUGUUUUUGUGUGCGGCUCGAGCCCCAAGGGUAGGGCACGAACGAGAGAGACAAAUGUGAUGAGAAACAGAUUGUAGUUCCAUCCGUCGGGCAGCUGAGUAGACACGGCGCAGGCCAGCACCAGCACGAUGGCCACCAUUACCUGUUUCAAUGAAGUAAUAGAACCUUCCUUUGAUGCCAUUAUUUCGAAAAGAAUCGGUUAUGUGUUAGUAUAGGAGGAUUUAGGGGGUGGGGGAGUGAUGAAUUAGCCAAUAACUUACCAAAACCUUCAUUUUUCUUUGUGUGUGUGUGUGUGUGUGUGUGUCAAUGUGCGGUUGGCCAGUGUUAUCGAAUUGAAUUCCUCUUGUUAACUAACGAAAGUCCAGGAAAAGCAGUCUCUCUUUAUAUACAUGUGCCUUUGCUUUGUUGUCUUGCUCAUCCUUGGGAACGUGCAGUGUUUACCGUUACAUGACCAGAGCUCUC